AUGGAUGAGUUAGUGAAGAUGAAGAGACUAGCCGAUAAAAACAAGAUCCAAGUCAUUCCAAUAUUUUACAAGGUGAGAGCACGAGACGUGAGGAGACAGACGGGUGAGUUUGGUGAUAACUUCUGGAACCUUGCUAAAGCUUCUAGUGGAGAUCAGAUCAAGAAAUGGAAGGAAGCGUUGGAAUGUAUCUCAGGCAAGAUGGGUUUGUCGUUGAAAAACAAGAGCUGUGAAGCUGAUUUCAUCAAGGAAAUUGUGAAGGAGGUUGUGAGAGUUAUAGCAGCAACUGGACUCAAGGAGGAAGAAGAAAAUCAUUUUGAGAAAAAAAGGAGAAAGGAUUGCAAUUGCUCAUGUGAGCUUCCCGAUUUCAAGAGGAGCAAACCCGAAAAAGUUGUGAUGUAA